CCUGGCUCCUCCCCGGCCCGGCCCCAUAUACCUUUGCCCGGUGACAUCACUGGGCCGAGCGAGGUCGUGGCUGGGGCCGGGCUCCGCUGCCAUGCUCUUCCUGCCGUCCCUCUCCUCCUGGCUCCCCGGCCUCCCGGCCCUGGAGUGGGGCUCCGAUCUCCUGGAGCGCCUCCUGCAAGGCCUGGUGGCGGCGUGUGGAGUCUCCGUCCUGAGCAGCCUCUUGAAGGUGUACUUCUUCGUGGGCUGCGCCAACGCCCCCCAGCGGCGGCUGGAGAAGGAGCGCCUGCGGGCGCAGUGGGCCUGGCUGGAGCCCGUGCACCUGGUGGGGCUGGCCCUGAUCCUGACCGUGGUGGGGGCGCGGGUGGCCGCCCUCGUGGCGCUGGAGUUCUCCCUCCGGGCUGUGUCCACGCUGCUGUCCCUGAACAAGGGUCCCGGGGACACAGAACACCUGCGGCUCUACCUGCUGUGCCAGUACUCGCUGGGCUGCGGGCUGCGCUGCGGGCUGAGCUUCCUGCAGGAGGGCGCCCCUCACCGCACACUGAACCUGCUGCUCAGCCUGGGGCUGGCCGCCCUGCUGGGCUCCGCCGCCCAGCGCCUCCGCCGCCACGUCUUCUGCCUCUACGAGCUCCACAGCAGCCAGCACUACUGCGGGCUCUGCCUGGGCCUGCUGGCCGGCGCUUACAGCCUCCCCAGGCUGCUGGGCCGCUCUCUGGCCGUGGCCUUCGCCGUGGGUGACCUGGCGGCCGUGGCCCUCAUCAACCGGGACUUCCUGAGCGCUUCGGAGGCUGUGCGUUUCUGGACCCCGCUCACCAUCUGCUACGCGCUGCUGGUCAUCUACAUGCAGGCAGAGGAGCAGCGGCAGCGGCGCUCCGGCCUGCAGAGCCAGGUCCAGACGGUUCUGGUGCGCAUGGUCGGCCUCUUCGUGCUGCUGCUCACCGUGGGCCGCUGGCUGGACCUCCUGGGUAUCCUUGUCUCCCUGCUGGGCGAGCUCUGGUGCCUGCUGGGUGUCCGUACCCUGCUGGACCUCUGCCAGAUACAGGGUUUUCCGUCCCUGAGGCCCGCGGCUGGGGCAGCUCCACGCCAGCCCCCGUCUCCUGCAACCGCUACCCAGGCAGCCCAGGCCCGGAGGACGGCCUCUCCCGACGUCCCCGGGGAGGCCCCGGAGUCGGGCUGACCAGC